AAGUCUUUUCUUCAGAUCCCAUCAUAUUUAACCGUCGAUAUAGAGAGAGAGAGAGAGAAACACUCACACUCACUCCGAGUAUAUCAGUGUUAGAGAGAUGAUAAGGGUAUAAAUAAACAAUCGCCGGCGAAUAUAGAACACAAACAUCACCGGAGAAAAGGGUUUGGAUAGUGGAAUCAGUUGCUCAAUUACUUUAUGUGGGUUCUCAACGACCAUGUCAUUUUCCGGCAGAAGGAGGAGAUCAGCGGUGUACUCUUCAAUGGUGGUCUUGCUGAUCAUCUUCUUGGUACUUCAGAUAUGGGCGUUGAAUAGCGAUUGUUGUAGGGUUAGUGCAAUAAGAACGUCACUAUCACCACCACCACAACUACCACCGCCGCCACCACCACCACCACCAUCAUCACAAUCCUCAUCUGCAAAAGAUUCCGACGAGAUCAAACGAUCGGAGCUUUACAGAAGGUUCUUCAAUGGCAGAUUUGCUCGUCUCAACUCCACCACUGUUUCAAAAGAUAAAAGCUUUCAAGAAAACAAAAGAAGAGUUCCCAGUUGUCCAGAUCCUCUUCACAACUAAAAACCCUUGCAUCUCUUAGGUUACCUUCAAGCUCUUUCUUUCUUUCUUUCUUUCUUUCCCUGUGUUUUUCUUAUAAUUUAUUUUGGUAGUUAGUAAAUAUCCAAAAUACCCACGUUUUUCCCACUAUUUUUGUGACAUUAUAUGGAUGAAUUUCGUUAUAUUAGGGGCUAAACCGUGGGUAUUUUGGUAUUGUGUAAGGCAAAAUGCUUUCCUUUUUUGUUUGGUAGAUCAAGAACAAUGGCCGAUCAUGAUGUAUAUACUAUUUGAGAUUUGAAAUUCAUAUAGUUCAACACCUCUUCUCA